AUCCAGCUCCUUUGGGGUUCAACCCACUCACUCGAACGAGGUGGAAACACUGCAAGUCCAGUCCAGCCAAGAUCUGCUGAGGUCAAGGGAGUGGAGAGCAGACUGAAGAUGUUCAGACCCAUCUGAAACCUACCUUCCCACAGGAAUGCUGGUGUCCAGUAUGGAGAUAGGAGAGAUGGAGACCCUGGCCAAUGAGGUGGAGGAGGGGGGUGGAAGAGCGGAUGUGACCCUGGACCCAAACACUGCCAACCCCUUCCUCAUCCUGGCUGAUGAUGGGCGAGACGUGAGGCGUGGGGACACAUGGGCGUCGCUGCCCAACAACCCCGAGCGGUUCGACACGGAGCCGUGCGUGCUGGGGGGCCGGGGUUUCACCAUGGGGCAGCACUGCUGGGAGGUGGAGGUGGCCGAGGGGGGCGACUGGUGGGCUGCGGGGGUGGCCCGGGAGUCUGUCAGGAGGAAGGGGGUCCUCAGUUUUACCCCCGAGGAGGGGAUCUGGGCUGUGGGGCAAUGGUUUGGACAGUACCACGCUUUUACCGACCCUGACUGGACACCCCUGCACCUCGCCCAGGUGCCCAGGGCCAUCCAGAUCUCUUUGGACUUGGUGGGCAGGCAGGUGGCGUUUGCUGAUGCUGAAAACGAAGCCCCAAUCUUUGCUUUCUGCCUGGCUUCAUGUCCUGAGGAGAGGCUACACCCGUGGCUCUGGGUGGGGAUGGACUCGUGCCUCAGGCUGUGCCCUUGACGUGGAGGAUGAGCAGAAGAAAGAUGAAUGUCAUGGCCUUGGAUCAUGCUGCCAGGAGCUGGGAGCAUCGUGUGUCCUUGCUGUUUUUUCCUCACACAGUCCCUCUGGCCAGUGAAUGGGAGAAACGGAAGGUCCUGGAGAUGGACACCACCAACGAAGCUCCUUUGUCCUGCUCGACCCCACAGCGGGGACUGCAGAGACAAUGGGGGCACGGGGAUUUGAGGCACAGAGGAGCUUGGUGCAAGCAGACCCCAAGGCCAAGAUGUGGUGUUGAGUGCCGGGACACUGUGGAGCAGGUUCAUGCAAGGCCAUGAGAAAUGCAUCGGGUCCAAACGCCUUAAAAAUUUCCAAGUACCGUGUCUGUCUUUCUUUAAUUAAGCUUAAUGAUUAAGUCAAAAAAAUAAAAACAUAUUUGGGUGCUGGGCCUCAUGAUAA